GAGGUGAAGUUUGGCAAGGCCGCGAACGGCCAGAAUGGCCAUCUGUGCGAGCCUUGCGUGACAGAGGUUGCCAAACGGAGGAUCUUCCGCAGCGUCGACGCGGCCGCGUCGGCGUUCACGCAGUCUUCAGUUCUCAAGGCCGAGUGGAAGGCCAGUCGUGAUCUACCUGACGAUGAAGCUGCUCCAAGCCAGGUGGUGAUCAGUGGCACGACUGCUACGACGGAGAUCUACGUGGAGUGCCUGUGCGUGAACGCGUCAGAGCUGGCCUACCUGGCCAGGCGCAGGAUCUCCCAGUUCAACGUGGCACCGUUCAAGGGCUGGCCAGUCUCAGGGCAGCCUGAGGAGUGCCACGCGGUGAUUGACGACUUGCCAUCGACCCUCACGGCUGGCUAUCGGACCAGCGCUCUCAAGGGCAAGCAGGACGCCAUGCGGAAGAGAAAGUCUUUGGAUGUGUAUGAUGAGAAUGACCUCACCAGGAAGGUCGCGCGGCGUGCAUCUGAUCCUGCUGUCGAGCAUGGCGAGGAUGGCGAUGAGCAUGCAGACGACGGAGCUAGCACGAUUGCUGGCGGCGCAAGGAGCUCCGUGACCGUCGCUGGCCCCAAGAAGAAGGGCAAGGCGACAUCUGCUCCUUCGCAGCCGUCGGCCUCAGCAGCGGAGCAGUUCCCGCCCGUCGGCUUCUCGGUCCAGAAGGCGUCGUUCGAUGCCGUGGCAACGCUGGCAGGGGAGCAUCGCGCUAAACUUCCAGCUGGUUCCCCCGCCGAUGGCAAGACGGUGGUCUCCGGCAGCGGCGGGCCCAAGCGCGCUGGCACCCAGGACUUGGAGAGUGCCUCGGCCGCUGGCGCUGGCAAGGUCUACUCCAGUUGCCCCACUGACAAGCGAGAGAAGUGCUUCUACUGGGUCCAGAAGAACGACUUGACGGCCAUCCUUGCGAAUAAGUCCAUCUUGAGCUCCCACAUGAAGUUGGUCGAGAUCGUUCAUAAGGUGAAGUCGUCUGCCGUAGACCAGAUCGACGAGGCAACGGAGCGGGCCCACCACGAGACGCUCAAUAAGGCCAACGUGAAGUACCCGUUCACCCAGAUGCAGUUCAUGGUGCGCCGCAGGCUCAGGAAGGUGACCUCGUUCGUGGCCCAGGCGAUGUGCUUCAACGCGGGCGGCGAGGUUCUCUCCGAAGACUUCGACCCGCUGUCGCUUUCGCUGCUGAACGGGUCGUCUACGCCCCACGAGAAGUACACGUUCUUCUACGAGUUCUUGCUCCAGGAGGUGUUCUGCGCGUGGAUCUGCAACGAUCUUGAAGCGUCCGAGGCCCUGUCUCUACUGGCAAGCGCGGUCCUCAAGCAAGUGAACGCCGAGCUGCGCCACGAGGCUUUCACGGGACAUCACGAGACAGAGUCUAUUGAGAUCCGACAGUGCAUGAAGAUUAUCCUGGCCCUCCCGGACUCGAGCAACGAUGUCGACGACUUGCAGGCGAAGAUUGAGGUUCUCAACUCGAUCGAGGGGGUGGCGGGUCAGACGUCCGAUGGCAUCAGCUCGCUGAUCUGGAAUGGUUUGAAGAACGCCCCGCACCACAUGAGGUCCAUCGAGAUGCUGAAGGCAGCCGUGCCAGCAUGGGAGAAGCACUGCAAGUCGAUCAAGGAGCAGGGUGAGUGGUUGGAUCAGCUUCUGGACGAUGAGCUCCGCCAAGACUUGCUUCUACCAGAGGACAUCAUUCCCACGGCGAAUCGCCUGGACGCCGUCAUCAAGGACCUACUUGCAUGGCACUCGGCUUCGUUCCGCCUGAAGUCCCUCGACGAGUUCGACGACAAGGCCAAGCAGGCCGUUACGUUGACGUACAACGCCAUCAUCGGUUUGAAGACCGAUGCGAACAUCCCGAUUGACCGCGUCAAGGCUUUGCAGUCCCUCAUCGCCACCACCAAGCAGCUAUUGCCCAUGGACGAUGACAUCGCUGGGUACGCAGCCAUACUGGAUCGGAAGCUGGCGGUUGAGAACAUCGUCGUCAUGAAGUCUGCGGUGAAGGCCAGCAUGGGGAUCAUUCUCACGACGAUCGAGACGGACAAGGAAGUCGACCCAGCCAAUUCCGCGGACUUCGUAAAGAACUUGAAGGCGUGCGGCAGGGCGAGCGCUGACACGGAGCUGGAGCUGCAGCUCAACAAUAUGUUCUGGAUCUGGGCCAACUUCAUCCACGAUGACCGCGUGACAGGCGGCAGGAAGCGGGCGCAGGACGAGGCGGCCUUGCAGGUGGUGGCAAGCGUUCUCAAGACGACGGACGGGAGGAUGGCAAAGAAGAUCGUCCAGUACAUCACGGAGGUCCGCCACCUGCUGGACGCGAGUGCGGCGGUGAAGCAGCUGGGCUCUACGGCGAUGGAGAUCGCCAAGCACGAGAACGUAUUCGCGCACAUCCAGGAUGCCCAGAGUAGGAUCACGGCGACCAAGGAGAUCAGCGAGACCAUCAAUGUGCUUGCGGCCUCCAAGCUGGAGGCCUGGCUCCAGAGUCAGCGGAACGUCGGGCAGAAGGCGAAGGACAUCAAGAUGGUGGCGGAGGCGAUCGGCAUCACGGCAUCGGCACCCCUGAAUAGCAAGCAUGAGGACUUGGAGAAGGUCGCGCAUGGCGGCGCGAACGGGAAAUCGUGGUACUUCGGCUUCAAGGGCCGCGGGAUGCGGGCGCUCGUGCCCCAUGGCAUCUCCACGCUGCUCAACAACGAGAACUUCAACAUCGACAACGUCCUCGCCCUGGCUGCGGACGUCGAGAAGGACCUGGAGCUCUACUUGGCGAAGGUCGAGGCGGUCGGCCUCGCGCCGCCUCCCAAGGAGUUCCAGGACGGGAUCCGCAAGACGGUGGACGUGGCUAGGAGCCUCGAGGUGACUGGCUCGCUCCUCAAGGGCUUCGACACCAUCCACGACGCGACCCUCCUCUUCAACAUGGCCCGCAAGGCGGAGAUGCAGCUCAAGAGGGUGCUCAAGGUGCUGGGCCCCGUGGAUGUCAUCCACCCGAUCCUCUUCAAGAAGAUGGAGCAGGAGGCUGCCGAGGGCAGCCAUUUUGGAGGAAGAUCGCUCCUCCGAUGGUCGAGGAGCGAAGAUGGCGAGAAGGAGUAG